GGUGCUUUGUAAGUGUCUGUAUAAUUACUCAUAGUUUGUUCCCUUCUGCCCUUCGAGGUCCUUCAGGAGAAGUUAGAAAAUAACAGCUUCAAAGAGAGACAAGCUAUUUCCAGACACUGAUUUAUAGAAAGAAUGCAUCUCUCUAAUACCAGUUGUCCUAAGAGGUGUUUACUUCUUAGAAGACUGAGAAUCAGAAUGGGUUUAUACUGGUGGAAUCUUCGGAAGGUGGCUGGCCAGAUCUGAGCUAUUUGGGGGCAUAGCCCAUUUCCCUAUGGCUCCUUGCACCCUUCCAGGGAGCCUGACAGAGGGGACUGGUGGCGUUUUUGGCACAGCCACGGGCGGGCCAAAGGGAGGAGGAAGCAAGAAGCUCCCGGGAUCCCCCCGCCCCUCCCCCUUCGCCCAGUGAGUAAUGACAUUCACGGAGAGCGGAGGGAGGGAGCGAAGGAGAGGGGCAGGCUCGCGAGGCCAUGUGAUGCUGGGCGACCGAGAGCCGCCGCCGCCGGAGCCUCUUCCUUUCCUCCCUCUGGUUUCGGGCUGUCAUGGCGACCCCCAACAGCCUGACACCCACCAGCUGCAGUUGGUGGCCCAUCUCGGCUCUGGAGAGCGAUGUGGCCAAGCCGGUGGAGGGCCCUGAGGCGUCCGAGGCGGCCAGCCCCGCCCAUUGGCCCAAGGAGAGCCUGGUUCUGUACCACUGGACCCAGUCCUUCAGCUCGCAGAAGGUGCGGUUGGUGAUCGCUGAGAAGGGCCUGGCGUGUGAGGAGCGGGAUGUGAGCCUGCCGCAGAGUGAGCACAAGGAGCCCUGGUUCAUGCGGCUCAACCUGGGUGAGGAGGUGCCUGUCAUCAUCCAUCGUGACAACAUCAUCAGCGACUACGACCAGAUCAUAGACUAUGUGGAGCGCACGUUCACAGGAGAGCAUGUGGUGGCCCUGAUGCCUGAGGCGGGCAGCCCGCAGCACGCCCGGGUGUUGCAGUACCGUGAGCUGCUGGACGCCCUGCCCAUGGAUGCCUACACGCACGGCUGCAUUCUGCACCCUGAGCUCACCACUGACUCCAUGAUCCCCAAAUACGCCACGGCUGAGAUCCGCAGACAUUUAGCCAAUGCCACCACAGACCUCAUGAAGCUGGACCACGAAGAAGAGCCGCAGCUCUCUGAGCCCUACCUUUCUAAGCAGAAGAAACUCAUGGCCAAGAUCCUGGAGCACGACGACGUGAGCUACCUGAAGAAGAUCCUCGGGGAGUUGGCCAUGGUGCUGGACCAGAUCGAGGCUGAGCUGGAGAAGAGGAAGCUGGAGAACGAGGGGCAGAAAUGUGAGCUGUGGCUCUGUGGCUGUGCCUUUACCCUCGCUGAUGUCCUCCUGGGGGCCACCCUGCACCGCCUCAAGUUCCUGGGACUGUCCAAGAAAUACUGGGAAGAUGGCAGCCGGCCCAACCUGCAGUCCUUCUUCGAGAGGGUCCAGAGGCGCCUGGCCUUCCGGAAAGUUCUCGGUGACAUCCACACCACCCUGCUGUCGGCAGUCAUCCCCAAUGCGUUCCGGCUGGUCAAGCGGAAACCCCCAUCUUUCUUUGGGGCGUCCUUCCUCAUGGGCUCCCUGGGUGGGAUGGGCUACUUUGCCUACUGGUACCUCAAGAAAAAAUACAUCUAGAGCCAACCCAGGCUUGGUGUCUGA